GCGAUGCUGGCCGUGCUGGCGAAGCUGGUGACGCCGAGCAGGGCGGCGGCUCUGCGGACAACCGGCCCUGCGCGCUGCCCGGGCGGCGGGAGGGGGCUGUGGAGCGGCCGCCCGCAGUCAGAUACUGACAAUAUGAAGCCACUGGAUGGUGUAAGAAUUCUGGAUUUAACAAGAGUACUGGCAGGACCUUUUGCCACCAUGAAUCUAGGAGAUCUUGGAGCAGAAGUUAUUAAAGUGGAAAGACCAGGAGCUGGUGAUGAUACACGAACCUGGGGACCUCCUUUUGUAGACACAGAAAGCACUUAUUUUCUCAGUGUUAACCGAAAUAAAAAAAGUAUAUCUGUUAAUAUCAAGGAUCCAAAAGGGAAGAAAAUCAUCAAGGAGCUUGCAGCUGUUUGUGAUGUGUUUGUGGAGAACUAUGUUCCUGGCAAACUGUCUGAGAUGGGCCUGGGAUACGAAGACAUAGACAAGAUUGCUCCUCACAUCAUCUACUGCUCCAUCACAGGGUAUGGCCAGACAGGGCCCAUGUCUCAGCGAGCUGGUUACGAUGCUGUCGCCUCUGCUGUUUCUGGACUGAUGCAUAUAACAGGACCCGAGGAUGGAGAUCCAGUUCGCCCAGGAGUGGCCAUGACUGACCUUGCCACUGGCCUGUAUGCAUAUGGAGCGGUUAUGGCUGGACUGAUACAACGGCUUAAAACUGGGAAAGGGCUGUUCAUUGAUUGUAACCUGCUGUCAUCUCAGGUGGCAUGUUUGACCCAGGUAGCUGCUAAUUAUCUUAUUGGCCAAAAAGAUGCGAAACGCUGGGGCACAGCACAUGGCAGUAUUGUUCCUUAUCAGUUGGAAGCGGUCUCUGCAGUGGUGGGAUGGCAUCAGGAGGAGAGACGGUGGAGCUUGCGUUGCUGCCACCAUCCUCACCGCCACCAUCGUCAUGAUUGCUGGCUUCGCUACCUGGCAGAGACAUCCUAUAGAACUUUCACAAGGAAAGAAAGCAAGGCUUUUAAAACUAAGGAUGGAUAUCUUGUGAUUGGAGCAGGAAACAACCAGCAGUUUGCUACAGUGUGCCAGAUCUUGAAUUUGCCUGAGUUGAUUGAUGACUCCAAGUAUAAAACCAACCAUCUUCGGGUAGAGAAUAGAAAAGAGCUUAUUAAGAUAUUGUCUGCGCGGUUUUCAGAAGAAACCACCAGCCAGUGGUUAUAUCUCUUUGAAGGCAGUGGGAUCCCAUAUGGCCCAAUCAACAACAUGAAAGAUGUUUUCGCAGAACCCCAGGUAAUACACAAUGAUCUCAUUAUGGAGAUGAAGCAUCCUACUGUGGGGAAGAUUGCAGUCCCAGGCCCAGCUGUGAGAUACAGCAAGUUCAAGGUGUCCGAAGCCAAGCCCCCCCCUCUGCUUGGGCAGCACACAACUCACAUCCUGAGAGAUGUCCUCGGCUAUGAUGACGUGGCUGUUGGCGAGCUCCUCAGUGCUGGCGUGGUAACACAACACGGAGCCAGCUGACCGGGGAGAUGCGCAUUCUCACAACCACAGCCCGGAUGCCCUUUGCUGGCAAAGGCUCUCUUGAUACUCUUUCGCCCAGUUUGACUACCACUAAAAAAUGGAAUUAGAAUAACCCCACAUUUCUUUCCUCCCAUCUCUAGGUGACUCUAGACUAGUGAGUGUAGCUUACUUCAAAUGUACCCAUUUUUCUACUUACCUAUUUCUUUUUUUUCUCCAGAUAAUAGCUUAAUUGUGGAUUUUUUAAUUCUCUUGACAAAGACAAUUCUCUUGUUCUCACUUAAAAGAAUUGAUAAGCGUUUGGGUGAUGGCUGUGUUAUGCUGAUUUGAUAUCUUCAAAAAGCAUACAUGGAUGGAAACACCAUUGUGUACUCCAGAAAAUGUAAAGUUUCUAUUUGUCAAUUAAAAAAAUAAAAUGAUUUAAGCUUUUCUGGAAA